CUGAGAGCGAACACAGGAGCCUCAACAUGGGGAACUCACGAGCUCUAUUUAAGUUUACUGAUUACAUUUCUAAAACAACCAUCAUCGCCAUCGUUGUGAUUGUUUCUUCCUUUGCUGUGCUGUGGUUCUCACCACAGCACAGUGAUGAGAGUUGUAAUUCAGUGAAGGGUCGGUGUGAUGUCUACAUGGCUCUGCCAUUUUUUAUAAUAUUUUUUGUGACAAUCUGGAAGGACGCAGCAUGUCAGAGAGCGCUGACAUAUACAUGUAGACGGUCUUGGAGCAAGUUUGGUUGUGUUUUACUGAAGAACACAGUCAAGGCGGCUUGUAUCGGUCUUCUGUGGGUGAUCUGUGUAUUGAUUGAUGGAAAAUGGUUUGUGUGCUGUAAGAACGAUCGGUCAGAUGAGAAGAUAAACAAGGACACGGACAACCACACAUAUGACGAGGAAGAAAUUAUCAAUGAGCUCAAAGGCCAGUCACAGGUGUUCGGCUUAUAUAUCCUCUUAGUUAUCUGCUGUUUGGGUGCUCUUGGUAGAGGCAUUUAUACCUGUCUGCAAUCAUGCAGUAAGUGCUGUAAAAACCUGUGUGAAUGCUGUGACACACAGCAUGAGAUUGAGGAACUGAUUUUGGAAGAGUGUGAAAAUCAACUGAAGGACCAUGUGAAACCAUGUGGACCAUGUGAAAAAAGCAACAGGCUGGAUGCUGAUGCUGGAUGCUGCAGUCGUUUCAUCAUUGAUGAAACGACUGUCAACGACAGUCGUUUGCUGAAUGACCAGACGACAGACUCAGCAAAGAGAUCAGCAGCAGACAGCAGGGAGCUGCCAAAUGAAGACGAGUCAAUUCGAUUACAGACUUUGUCAUCACCUGAUGAAGACAACGCCCUGCUGGAAGAAGAGGAACGUCUGUGAUGGAUACAUCAACACACACACACACACACACACACACACACACACACACACACACACAUUACUGGUUCUGAAAACAACAAUGCGCUAAUGCUGUCAUGUUAUAAGCAACAAGAGCUGCCUCACAAUGUGAUUCACUG